AUGGCUCUGAUUGUGACUGCUCCUCCGUCACGUUUCAGGCCGCCUCCAGAUCCGCCGCCGCGUAAGUCUCCUCCGCUUGAAGCUCCCUCUCCCAUCGAUCCACCCGAACCGCCAGACCCUCCUGACGUUUCCCUGCUCCUCGCUCUUCCUCGAAGCCUCAUCUCCUCCUCCGGUCCGUCUCUCCAAGCUCUUGCCCGAAUCUUAGAUCUAAAACUUCCUCUUCCAUGGAUGGUAUCUAAGAUAAGUGGUGGUGGUUUUCCGCUUGUGUCUACCGGUGAUAGUAUUUUCGUCUACAGGCGGUUGCUCCGUGAGCUACUUGUCUGUGUGAAUUUGGAAUUGAGGACCAUAGCUUUAGCCGAUGAUGUACUUAUGAACUUAACUUCUGUUGGUUCUACUGUUGUGCUCUUUGGUGGUCUUUUUGUCGCCUCAAUGCGAUCUCUUACUGCUGUGUGCAGUUCUCCUACUGCUGUGUGCAGUCUUGCUGUUGUAUGCAGUCCUCUUUCGUUGAGAGAAAAAUCCAUUGAUAAAGUUAGUUGGAUGAAUAUGAUUAUGGCGGGUUCAGAUUAUCCGUUUGUCUCCUGUUUGGAGCAGUCUCUUUUCCCAAUAUUUCCUCUUGUAUGGAGUGAAUUGGAUGAACAAGCGUCGUUGGUAUUGCAAGGAUCUUCCUCCCAGCGAUUGCUCUUCUCUGCGUUUGGUGCAGUAUGUGUGGUCAUAUGGGUUACACUAGAUGCGAUCUUCCAAGAAGCUUUUGAGACAGAUCAUGCGAUUUCUUAUGGUUCCUUUUUAUGA